AUGGACAGAGGCAUUGAAUUUGACGUCCUCGACGCCCAUGGUACUGAGUACCAUCGUUGGGUCUCGGACAUAGAACAGACCUUCAUCGCUAAGGAUCUGACCGAGACCAUAUUCCCCGAUCCAGAUCAGGAACCGCCUAGCAAGAGAACAAAUCUCAGACAGUAUCAAUCCAAACACGAUCCAAAAGAUCUGUGGGAUGCCCUUGCCGAACGCUUCGGCAACAUUCACUCGACCUUGCUCCCAGAACUAAUUGCUCGCUGGGAUGAAAUCCGACUUUUGGAUUACAAGAAGGUUGAUGACUUCAACAGGGAUAUGCUUUGCCUACAAGCUCAACUGAGCUCAUGUGGAGUCGAGAAAAGUGAUGCCGACAUGAUCGAAAGACUUUCUCGACCUUCCUUCAGCUGCUAA